AUGUGUGGUCGCACGUGUUUAACAUUGGAUCCAAAGGAAUUGGAAGGCUGUUGCAAAUAUAGAAAAACAGAACAGAGUAAGCCAAAACAGCCGCGCUACCGAAAUGAAUUCAAUUGCGGUAAAAAAUAUCAGCCGUCUUUCAACGUAGCACCAACAGAUGUUACGCCAGUGUUGGUCUCGGCUGCGCAUUUCGAUGAAUCGGCUGAUCCGGUUGAUCGAAUGCUUGUUCCAAUGAUGUGGGGUAUGGUUCCACGUUGGCACAAGGGUGACUAUCGCAAACAUGGGCUUACGACGAAUAAUUGUCGACUUGAGGGCUUGGCAUUCUCCAAAUUGUAUGGACCACCACUAGCUGCUGGCCAACGCUGCGUCAUAGUCUGCGAAGGAUUUUACGAGUGGCAAACGGUUAAACCGCUGAAAGCCUCUGAGCGACCCGCAUUCUUUGUACACAUGCCACAGGAAGAAAAGGUGAAAAUGGAGGACAAAUCGACUUGGAAUUUGGAUAGCGAUGGUCAGCUUCGAUUGCUUUUCAUAGCAGGUUUAUUCGACGUAUGGAACGAUGAGAACGGAGACAAGUUGUACAGCUACACGGUAAUCACGUUCGAAACAGAGGGUCAGUUUUCCGAUGUCCACCAUCGAUCACCUGCUAUUUUGGAAACAGAUGAACAAAUAGCCGACUGGUUGAACUUUAAGCGUGUUCCUGCGAACAAAGCGCUUAAUUUGUUGCAACCCAGCAGAUCACUUAAAUGGUACCGUGUUUCUAACAUAGUAAAUAACUCACGGAACAAAUCUGACCAAUGCAACAAACCCUUGCCUGUAGGAAAAAUGAAUCCAGGAAUUAAAUCUCCUGUAAUCCCCAAAAGUAAACUGAUGCAAUCGUGGUUAAUCGUUAAGAAGAGGAAAAAAAGUGAAUCUGAUGAAUCGAAUUUGGUUGAAACUGAUGUAAAGAUGGAUCCGGAUUCCCAACCAGCGGAGAAAAAACCGAAGCCAGAACCAGAUGUAACGUAA